UGCAUCCACCUCCUUACAGUUGUUGGACCUCUGAAUCUUCACAAUGUGGUUCCUCCUCUUGCUGAGUCUGGCUCUGAGUGGUGUGCCUGCAUCACAUCAGGAAGAAACACUAUUUCGAGGCGGCUGCCCCAUGUUUAUGUUCAGCUUCAACAACCGCUGCUUCAAAUACGUCGCCACACCGAUGACCUGGGCCAAUGCAGAGGAUCACUGUUUGUCACAAGGAGCCAACCUGGUGUCCAUCCACAGUCAGGACGAAGAGAACUUUGUCAAAUUGCUGAUCAGAAACUUUGAUCCUUCUGAGAAGCCCACCUGGAUCGGACUCACUGACGCUCAGCAGGAUGGAGCAUGGUUCUGGUCUGAUGGAUCCAAACUCAGCUUCAGCAACUGGAACUCAGGAGAGCCAAACAACUCAGGAGGAAACGAGGAGUGUGUUCACACCAACUGGGGAACACCCAAAAACUGGAACGAUAUAAACUGUUCAGGAGAAUUUGCUUUUGUUUGUGCAACACGUCAACAUUGUUCUAUUGUUUCAGAAGUUGUGUCUGAAAUCAAUCCGUAGAUUAAGAUGUGUUGAUCAAUUACAUUUGAUUCAUUUUGGAUAAUGAUCAUUUAAAUUGGUGCAAUCAUCACAAAUAUUGAAAAGUCUAUGAAAAGACAAUCAUCCGAUUACAUUCUUCAGGAUAAAGGAAAUAGAGCUUGAAUUUUCUCAGAAUUUUACUCUUCAUUCCAAUAAAUAAAAAGUCUUUUGUAAAAUGUGUAAAGAAAAAAAAAGAUCUGGAUGAUUUUCCAUCUUUUUUUCUCAAUAAAUGAUUGAAAUGCUUAAGUUGAAUGAUCUUUACGGCCUGACUAAUCUCAGGUUUACAGUCUGAUAUGGCAUUUUCCCCCUGUGCCAGGGACUUCAGGGUAAAACGAGACAAAGAAAAAUAAAAAGCCAAUCAGAAGCACCCAAGCUUUUGUGCUGAUGCCACAAGCUGGUUAUCUAUGGAGAGCUGAUAUAUUUCAGAUCGCUCCACUCUGGUCAUUUCCUUCUACGAGUGCAGAGGAAUGCGCUUCACGUGCAAUUUAUGCAAAUUUUCAGGAAAGUUAAAAAAAAAAAAAACAGGACCCCCUAGUUUUACUUGUAUACAUCCAUCACCACAAAUGUAAGAAUAAAAAUACUAUUUAUUCAAUUUUCUUCAUUUUUUAAUAUUUACUUCCACUGGAUUGUUAUCUUAUAAUAAAUGGAAAUUAAUAAUACACUGUGUUGUGGAAUGAAUAUAUAUCAAUAUCAAUCAAUAUAUCAAUAUAUACCUCUGCGGGAACCUUUGAACCAUCAGGUACCUCAGGCCUGGGUAGCUGGGGGUGGGACUCCACCUUCUGUGUGGGGUCUGUCCUGGUCUGUCCGGGUUGGGGGGGUCUCUGUGGCGAUGCUCCUUGUGGUCAUGGCCGGUGGAGCCUCUCGGUGUGGACGGCCACCCAUAGGUAGUGUUUUCCUCACCUGGAUCGUUAGUGCUAAGCCAUGUCACAAGUCCACUUAU